GCGGCGGCGCGUUAAUCAGCUGUGCAAGUGUAGUUGCGUGUGUGCCCGUUUUACUUUCGUGAUUCGUGUGUUGUCAAAGUCGCCGUGCCUGCCAGCGCUGCAUUUCGAAACGAUGACUGUUCACGCCGAGUAAGACAGGAGCGAUGGUGGACGAAACUGCAGCGGAUACGUCUCGGCUGGCUAAAUGUGGCGACGAUCUCGGCUACAACGAAGAGACACUCGGCUCCGCCGCCAAUUUGUUGACAGAGUUCACGAGUCACGUGUAUCUCGGUCAGUGGGAAUGUGCUCGUGCCUGUGCGCUGACCGUUCUGCGGGCACCGUUCACGUCUCACGAGCAAAAAUGGUUUGUGAAGGAGUACAUUCGCGGAGUAUCGGCGCUACCUGCAACCUUCAGCACAUGUGCCAAUCCCCUCCUGCUAUCACCAAACCACCUCAGCUGGCUUGCUGCCAAAUUCCUAGAGGAUCAUUGCGAUGAGCAAAGAACAUCAACUUUGGCUCAUGAUGCAGAGUUAAGGGUCCUUCUCUGCACAAUUGGUGGAGAACUUCCUGAUGCCUGUAGACAGGAGUUGUACGAGGCCUACUGUUCGCCAACACCAGCGUCAGACCAUGAAACAAGCAGUGUCCUCUCUUCGAACUGCCUUUUGUCACUAAAGGACCUGUUCCUCGAGGACCCCUCGAGAGCCAGUCUUUUGGCUGAGCACAUUUCCCAGCACCUGGGAGGAGCAAGUGUCAUCACCCAGCAGCUGUGGAAGGUGCACUUGGACGCCCUACGCAGCUGUCUGGAACGGGCACAGGAGGCUCUCUCGGCGUACGAGGAAGUCCACGACAAGCAGAGGUGUCUACUUCUGAAGCUCUUAGUGACACUUCCAGACCCAUUGGCAGCACACUGUGUGGGUAACCCUGAGUGGGCCAAUGGCUUAUUGGAUACUAUCAUUGGUGAUUUGCUCAAUCUAACCGAUGGAGGUCUUCUUGGCAAACUCUCAGUGUUUGAGUCAGUCGUCUGCCGAAAGUCACCACUCUUGUCCAAACUUAUUGCUCAACGGGAGAAUGAGAGGCACGGACGCCUUGCUGCUCCCAGAAGCCCCAUGUCUUUGGCUGUGUCCGAAGACUCGGGCCAGCUGGAUCUGCAGGAGGCAUUUCUCAAGUCAUUCAUUAGGGAGGAGCAUUUCCUGGAAGCCAUACUUAAUGCUGCUGUCAAAAAGUUGCACAAGGGAGAAUCAGAAGCCGCACUUCGUCUCUUUGCACACCCCGCUCUGCGAGACUUCUACAUCAUUGCCUUAUUUCGUGCCUGGAAUGAAGUUGUGUCGGACAACGAUGCAAGUUGUGUAUUGCAAGCAUUGGACGAUACGAAGGCCAUAACAUGGAGCAGCCAGGAGACACACGACUUCCUCAUGGAGAUGCGGUAUCGCCUGUUUGUGACAGAAUGGAUCGUUUCUCUACAGAGGAAAAGAAAGACUUCGCUGGCAUCUAUGGCUGACGUCAAAGCCAGGCGCCGCACCAUCUUUGGAAUGCUUCAGCAUCAGUCUGUGCUGCGAGUGCUUCACAAGACUCUGGGUCUUGGAGAAUUGGAUCGAAGUUGCACAUUUCGUCUCUUGAGUGGGCAGUGCCUUGUUGCCAACGAGCGCACAGAAAUCACUUACAACUCCAGCCCAGCUCGUAGCAGAGAUUGCGCCCUCUACCGAGGAUAUCUGGCCAUGCAGCAUGCCAUGAAUGCUAUGCACUCAGCCAUCGUGCUGCACCACUUGGGUUGCAGUGUCUCCAAGCUUCGGGAAGAAGAGCAACUGCAAGAGGAGCUUCCAGAUGACCUAGUCUUGAGACAAGGCGAUUCUCUUGCAGAUGCUGUUGCUAUGUAUGGAUUCGGACCAGUACAUAAGCACGUAGUGCUGGACGAACUGGGGCACUUUGAGGAAGAGGUUGGACAGCUCCAUCCGUUGACGUUUCGUUUGGAAGUCCUUGAGAAUGCAUUCUCACUUCUCUUUGUAAGCCACGUCAACUUGCGAAGAGAUGCGAGUGAUGACGAAGAUGCCACCGACGCGGAAGAUGAUGCCAGAAGCGAUGAGCAUCCUUCAGGUCAUUCACCCGUGGAAGUGUCACUGACCCCAGAUGCACACAACACAGAAUCGGAUGGCGACAUCUCUAAAAAGAACACUGAGAAUCAAGCUGCUAGCACCUAUGUGUCAGCAACCAGCAGCGUAGUUAAGGAGACAAGUGACUCACUCUCGGGCAAGGGCAGCACAGCAAGCAGCAAUGCAGCCACUUGGAUGGCUACAGGCUUCGUGGGAUUCUUGUGCCCUCCUUUCCUGGUGCCCAGCAUGCUGGCCUCUCUGUCCACUGCAGUCCUGGCCACACAGGCAGAGCUGUUCAACCGGUCGGCUCAGAGGACGGCCACAGCUUCAGGUGGUGGAGACUCGCUGCCUCAGGAGCCACCUGUGUCAGCCUCAGUCAGCUGGGAAGAGCUUCCUUUUCGGUUGGACCAGCUGCGUAAGCAUGUAGCUGAAGCCCAGUGGCGGUAUGAGCUGGUCACUUCUUCAGAACCAGCGCCAGAGGCGGACCCACCUGUAUCACAUCUCAGUCCACUUGACAUCCUCCAAGAAGGCCCCAAAGGUAGUCCAGUGCAGCAUAAAGCCAGAAGGAAGCCCAAAAAGCGCCGCCGCCGAUCCUCACUUGUGUUGCAACGAGGUGACUGCACUGUUAUCGAAAAAAUGCUGGCCAGCUUCGAAGCUUUGCUGAAACACUGUCUCUGGCAUGGAAAUUAUGAGAAGGCUGAGCAAGUGGUCCAGGUUCUUAAGCUCGAAGGAACUCACGACGCCCAGGAGCUCCAGUUCAGCCGUCACUUGGAAGAGGUCACUGGAAAUCUCAACAAUAUCUCCGCUCCUGCCAACCGCUCAGCGUAUUGCACUUUGCCCAUUCCUACUUCCCUUAUCAGCCAAGCUGCACAGGAAGGCCUGCACCUUACCAUGGCCACUGCUCUGGUUGAUCGACGUCUCUGCUCCGACGGGGUCCCCACCAUACCUGAAGCUGAGCUUCUAAUCCGCAACAGGUCCAGCUCAUUCAGCACCAGCUCAGAGGGCUUGACUGUCGGAAACGGCCAUCUAAACAUUGCUGGUGGAAACAUAGUUGCGCGUAACUUCGCACAGGAAUACGGUAGUGGUGGCCCUCAUGUUGCAGCUGUGGCAGACUUGGCACUCACUGCUGAUGUUCCUCGUGAUGUGGCAGAGCGCCUACUGGCACUUGCAGUCAGCAAGCGUGAAACUGAGACGUCGGGAAACUUGCAUGGUCGAGUUCCACGCCUGACAACUACUUUGGAAGCAUUGCGACGGUUCCUUCAGGAGGCCAAUGAAAACGACGGCAUUGUUGGUGCUGUAGGGUGCUGCUCAAAAGAUGAAGAGAUAUCGCUCAAGACAUUGCUUGUUGGAUUUGUGGAUGAAUUUGAUGCGGAGAAACUGCACAAGCAGCGAGCAGCAUGGCGUCAGAUAGAAUCCCUGUAUCAUAAGGUACGCAGCCUUCUGGACCGUCACAUGCCUAGUUUGCUGUCUUCAAAUUCAUCAUCCUCUGGUGAUGAAGAAUCACGUGUGGAGCUUCACCUUUCCUUCCUUGAACUGGGCAAGGCCACGGUUUCUGAGCAGAGAGCAGACCUAAUGUUCCUGCCCACUGUCAAGUUUGACUUCCUCCGCUCUGUGUAUGCCCACGCCCGACAGCUCCACAAGGCCAUCCGUGAAGCCUCGCAGCAGUCAAAGACAAAAAUGGCACGGAUGUCCGACGACAGCUACUUCUGGGUGCUCAGUCAGAGUCCGUCGAAAUUGCUCGCACGGCUCAUCCUGCACGAGGAAGUUGCUCCGUCACGGCUGGAAACCCUGGCACACCAGAUGAAGCUGAACCUGGCCAAUGUUCUUGCCCACGAGUGCUGUCCUCGAGUCCUGCUACAGAGUGCACACAGACCGAACACACUGUUUUCACCAGAUUCGCCCAGAGUGCUCAAUGACUGUGGUGAAAAUACAGCAACCGAUUCCUCCAGGCACCCAAAUUAUAUCGUCAAGUGCCUCUUGAAGGACCUCAUCAAGUUAUUGAAAGUGCACAUCGAAAGCAAUGAUGCCGUGGUCACAUUGAAUGGUGCCAGAGCCCUUGGACGGAGUGAAGCUUUCGCCUCGUGGGCCGAAGGGUGUGCUUCACUUGCGCAUGUUGACCUCUCUCAGCUCCACAAGGGCGUUGGUCAGCUUGCGUUCUUCAUCAAUCUCACCAACUUGUUCACGCUUCACACUGCCAUUAUCCAGGCUGCAAGUGUCUCUGAAGAUGAAUUGGCUGAAACCCGAUUUGUGCCCAUCACCUCGCCUCACUUGCACCAGAGGGCACUGCAGGAAAGACUAGUGGCCUACCGUGUUGGGCAGCUAGGCGUUGUCUCGUUAUUUUACAUUAAAAGGAGGCUUCUGUUCUGUGAUCAUCAAAUGGAUGUUAUCUCUGGAAAUGGGCACGAUCCAGUUUUGGAAAUGCUGAUUUCUCAGGAGCCACCUGUAAAGAAAGAGUUUGCACCCCACUUCCACCCCAAGGUUGUUUUUGCUCUGGUGCAAGGCCACAUUUCCGACCCCAAGAUCGAGGUAGUCUAUCCAGAGACCAUAGAAAGCCAACUCCAGAUAGCGGUGGACAGAUGUAUGGCACGCAUCAAAGCCAUGACUAGGCAGGGAGUCAGAAUGAUCAUUUUCCCAUGGCAAAUGCGCUUUUUCUUAACUGCUGACAUGCAGCUGGAUGAAAGCUGUGAAGAACUGAGAAGCUCCUUAGAGCAAAUCAUUCCAGAAGAGUUUGUCGUUGAAUACCAGAAGGAAGACGGCAUGUUUGGUGUGGUUUUGGACGGUUCACUGCCACUAGUAUCCUCACUAGAGUCGUCCGGUGAUGAGCCAGCGAGCAUUGGUGCCAAGAUUCCACCCCAUGUGCUGGGCUACCUGGAGACCCACUGUCCUCUGCUCGUCCGGCUGCUUAAGUUUAUGCUUCCAAAGGCUCCGAGGAGUCCCCAGCUGGAAGACGGCGUCAAGUACAGAGGCCUUCCCCUGGACAAUUUAUUGGCACAUGUCUAUGGACUCUGGAUGCAGCUGUCAACUCCUCAGAGCCAUGCUGCAUGGACUGCCAUGGCUGUUCGCGGUUCCUCCAGCCCCAACAUUGUCUGGGAGGCUCUGAGUGGUGCAGCAGGCCAGCAAGACUGGAUCAGCGUCUUGCUCAUCAUGGAAUUUGUGGACGCCUUGGAUGGUGCGGCGUGUGGCGACUUGGUCUUCUACAGGAGGUGCAUUCUCAGCCUCCUGGCUGCUUCGCGGCUUGACACAGAGCAAGAUGCUGUGGAAAGGGCCACAGGACCUUGGACAUAUGCCAUGAGAAUCAGGGACCUUCGUUUGCGGUUUGACUGCAUGCUGGCAAACUAUGUUCACUGGCCUUACACGCAUGCAUUUGAAACUCUCGAGACAUUGAAGUCAGAAUGCCUGUAUGCGGAAAAUGUGGAGCUGCAUGACGAAGUUUCCGAAGAGCUGGACAGGUUCAAGUUGUAUCAGAAAAUUGCAGAGAACUUGAUGAGAUGUGGUGAUGAGGAACAACAUUGCACCUGGAAGGACAUAGCUUUGAAGUCAGCAUCUGACCCACUUUUUGUUCUGCAGAAGCUGUCCAAGUUUUCAUUAUAUAACAUAGCUAGCCGGUGGUCGUACCUACACACUGUUGGCCCAGAAUGCUGCAAGAUCAUCACUGAACUCAAGGCACUCCACUUGCUUCUGCAGUCACCGCCGAAGUCAUAUGCGGCAUUUGAGCUCACUGAAGGACUGAGCAAGGACGGUGAGGCGUUUCCCCUUUGGCAGAGGGUGCUUGACCGACUCCCGAAUGGAGAGGGGAAAAUUUUGCUGCUCGACCAUUUGACAGCGAGCUACAGGGAUUGCCUCAUGGACGUCGAGCUGAUCUCGUAUCAGCGUACAGGAAUGGGACUCAGGAUGUAUAUGUGCAUAGACUCGGAAAAGCAGCAGAGUUACUCGUGCCUUGUCAACGAUCCUGCAUUGCUGCUUGAAAUGCUGCUGAUGAAUGCAGAGGUGGAUUCGGUAGGAAGGUCUCUUGAGGCAACGGCCAGUUUUCUGGACAACAGUCACUCUCCCUUCACCAGAGAUGCUGCCAAUGAUCUGCUAAAGGCCUAUGCUUCUAAAGCCUUGGAGCUGCUUCUGAUGCCAUCUCAACGCUCUGAAACUGAUACGACUUCACAGUCUGCUGGAAGCAUCUCGGCAAAGGACUCUGAAGGCACUGCAUUCACAAUGCCGUUGAAACCACCUCCACAGUCGGAAUGGACUCCCGAUGCUGCUGUGUCAUGUUGCAUGGCUUGCCACAUUGAAUACUUCAGUAUGUUCAGCCGAAGACACCACUGUCGACGCUGCGGUCGUGUUGUGUGCUACACAUGCUCUCAGCAGAGCAUGGUUGUGGAGGGCUUUGGCCAAUACAAGGUCAGGGUCUGCGAUGAUUGCUUCAAUCAGACUGCAAAGCUCAAGAAUGCAGAAGAAACUGCAUCACUGUCCUCGGAGGAGCAUGUUCUCCCUGUUGAAAUAUUUGAUGAUGCAGCAAGAAGUCGUUCUGACUCCGUCAAGACUCCGCGAAGUUCUUCCAUGUCCAAGCGUCUUUUCUGGCAGCUAACCACUAGUGCUGAAGAGAAUGCGGCUGUCAGAGAGCAGUUCUGCUACAAUCAAGCUCCAAGUGUUUCGCUCUCGCUUGCCAUUCUGGAGAAGCAUUCCAGUCCGGCAGACUGUGCCACGUACAUCUUGUCACUUUCUGAUAGUCUCUUUCCUGUUUUGGCACCAAAGAGCACCUCCGAGAGCUUUGUUGACUAUGGACUCAUAAUCACCAUGCUCAAGUCGUUGAUCCUGAGAGCCAAGGUCAAGUUUCUGGGUGCAGGCAUAACAAGUGGUGUUGCGUGCAGUGAUGCCUACCUCAGGAGGCUGGACAUUGUGCGGCUUAUGGUCAAUGCAAACUGCCAGCACCUUCUUCCAGAGGAAAUGCUUAUUCGAACUGCCAAUGAUGGAGAUGAGCCUGGCAGCCGGCGCAAGGUUGGCCGCAGCCUCAACUCUGACCAAGGGCCCGAGCGCAAGUUGAGGGACCGGCUCAUGGAGACUGAACGUAUGGCCCUGGCUCUUGAAGUCUCCACAAAGUGUGGCCUUGAGACAUCCGGUGUGUUUGCCGCCUGGGGACUAGCACUUCUGCGUGCCGGUGACUGGUCGUCUGCCAGGGAAAAGUUCUCACAUUGCUUACAGAAACUCAAGGAUCGUGGGAACUCAUCCAGUGAGAGCCCGCUGCUGAAAGAAAUCAUUGAAAACCUUGAGAAGUCUCGCUACCCUGGCAUAAGCAAGGCUGCAGCCGUCUUCUGUGCUAUCGGCAGUCUGAAGAGUAUCAAAGACCCCAAUUUUGAGGUGAAAGUUCCGGUCAGUGAAUUGAAAGGCGUGGUGUACUCCGAAUGCAAGCACUACUUAGAGCUGUAUGGCAGCCACCGAUCAAUGCUGUCAUUUCUCUAUCGGCACGGUCGAACCACACAGUCCCUCGAGUACUACCUUUCAAAGGGCUGUGAGGUGGACUUGUUCUUGGAGGAGCUGCUGCAGCCAUCACUGAAACAGGGUACGCUGGAUGCAUUGCUCUGCUCCCUUCGGCAGAUGGACAUCAGUCUGAACCGGUGGUGGCCCACUCUACUCGCCGUGUGUCGAAGCCUCCAGAAACGGGGGUGGAUGCACACGCUCUACGCUCUGCAGCUGUUCAUGGAGGACUACCUUCGUGCAGCUGUGACAAGCAUCCAAUUUUUCGAGAGCCCUCCUGCCAGCGGCUACUCGGAGCUUCACCAGCGCCUUGCACAUUUGGCUGAAGCGCGAAAGCACCUCGAGACAUACCUGUCCAAGUACACAACGUGGGAAGGGCAUCGUUCAAAUUGCACAAGCACUCAAGUCCUUGCUAUGGCACCCAAGGAGGUGAACAGGAACAUUAGCAUGGUGAACAUGCAGAUUGAUAUCACGCGGUUCCUCAGUACACGUGAGACUGAACAGGAGAAGCUACUGCAGCCUCGCCAGAAGGACAAUGCCGACUGUGUUGCACCAACUCUCUUUGGCAACACAUCGAUGAAGAAUGACCUAGCCUGCCUGGUGCUUGUCAAUGGCAGAAAUGUGGAGGAAGGCUUUGGUCUGGCAUUUCGCAUCAUCCAGGAAAAUCACUUGGAUGGGUCUUUAGUGUUUGAGCGUGCAGCCGAGACCCUUGUUUCAGCUGGAGCUGUGUUACAAGUAGAGCGCCUGGUUAGGUGCAUCCAGAGCUGUGGCUACACAGACCGCUACGACACCGAUGCUGUCGUGCUUUCUGCUUUGCAAGAGCUGGUGCGCUCUGAAGAUGAUAAAAAGGAUUUAGACCUGUUAGUCAAAUGCCUGAAGAAGGACGUGAACAAAGUUGAAGCAUACAUGCUGGCUGGCCGUCUCAAAACUGCCUACCUGCUGGCAGUCAGGCAGAACCGCACUGAUCACAUCAAGCGCAUCAUGGCACUGGCCGAGGCUGCGAACCAGGAAAGUGUUAGAGCCAUUUGUGCGAAACGCCUGCAAGGUGCAGCCACACCUCCACAGUGAAGUUUGCUGCAUACUUGGCUACUUUGUUCAUCAAUCCGCUCAGAGAUGUCCUUACACUACAAAGAACAUCACCUUUGAAGGCAAUCUUUUCUUGUGAAUAUCCUUUGGUUGUGCUCACAACUGUACUAGCAGUUUUUUAUGUAGUCUGGUCUGCCGUUAAAGGGAACACCUAAUUAGAAUACCAGUGCCAAUUACAACUUAGAUUGGACAAGAAGGUAUCCGUAGUGACAUUUUAUCAGUUAAUAACAUCUGCCUAAUACAUCAUAGCAGCCACAGAUUAUUUGUAAAAUGUGAGGACUCCUGGAGUUAUAUCAAAUGUUAAAUUUUUGUUCCCCUAAAGAGUGGACCAUACUAUGAACACUGUGCAGUAUGGCCACAUCUGCACAGUUCUUUGUGAUAGAGGCAAGCAUGCAAGCCUGUAACUAUACAGUACUUACAAGCUUGAUUAUUGUAUGCCAGUUGAUGCACAAUUGUUACCUUGUUUUAUAUGUGAUGCACUUCAGGAACUGAAUUGGGCACCUUUAUUGACUUGUUUUUGUAAUUUUUUUUCAUAGAGCUGCCAUGUGCAUAUCGCAUAUCUUGAUGUCUGAACAAAUUUGACUGCGUGACUGUGCAUUUGUACGUGCAGAUAUUAUUGUCUCAAAGUUCUCUAAUGGCCAGUUAUUUCCUUGCAUUACCUGUAGUAUGCACAAGAUCUAUGUAAAGCGGGCGUCUGUAUAUACACGUUAUAAAUCCAGGGUUUUUGCAUUACGUGCCUUGAUCAGUGAGGCGAAAGAUUUAACAUGUCUCGGCAGUGAUAAACUCCAGUACAAGUCACAAGUGAUAAAGUGAAUAGUGCUUUCUUACAGUUGAAUUGACAUCACCAAGUGCCUUUUUGUUGUAUUUUUAAAGCAGUAGAGAACUGCAACACAAGCUGUGUAGAUCAUCAUGCCUUUUGGUUACGCAUAGUUUGGUAUGGCUUGUACUGUAAUUGAAGGCUUACUGUCAAUGUCUACCUGUUUGGUGUUCCAAUCAACGCACAAUGAGGUCACUUGCAAUGCACCAUAAAGCAACACGUACUAAAAUACAUGCAGGGUGAAGAAAAAUGAACAAUCUUACUUUAUAAUAAUAAUAAACACUAUCCGAGCAGUCACAUUUAUCACUAGGAUAUGGCGCUCUUGCAACCCAGCAGAAGCACCACCUUUUGGUAACAAAUGUAGCUAGGUUCUGUAUAAGAUUUUUAAUUAAAAAAAAAAAAAACGCUGAUUUUGUGCAUUUAUGUGCAAACAUUAUCUUGCUACUUUCUAUACUUUUGAAUCAACGUGUACACAUGCAAGAUGAACAUUUAACGGAAUGUUGUGUUACACAAAUUGUAAGAUUUGAAUGGGGCUAUUUUUUCAACACUCUCUGUCACAAAGGUGUAAAACAGAAAAUUGUAUAGACAGGAAUGUAUCUAUGAAGUUCUACUGUAAAUCUGUCAUAGCACAAAGUGAGUGAUACCAAAGAUAAUAUUGAUGUGUGCGUGCCCGUUUUCCUGCUUAUGUGCUGUCAAGUGAAACAAAGUUGACUUUGAAGAGAAGUGUUUGUGCAGCGUAUAAUUUUGCUGAUGCAAGCUGUUUAUUGUUGCAUUACUUGUGCGCUAUACAGAAUCAAUUCAGUAUGAGAGUCAGCAAGCAGCUAAGAUUUGCCGUGCUUGACUUACCGCUCAGCACCGUUCUAAGACCAACAUCACACUCGUUCAUUACAAGUGUUGUAUUUUGUAAAUAGCUGUAGCGAACUUGAGCAGAAAAUAUACAUGUGCCUCGUUGUAUUACAAGCUUGUAAUGUGUGCCAAGCCGAGGAAAUUUAGUUACGAGUGCCGCGAAUAGUGUACAAUCGUGGUGAAGAUAUAUCCACUGUCAGAGGAAACAUUUGCUAUUCAAGCCAGUACAACACCAAAACUUCUUGGACAGCGGGAGAAAGAGUGGCUGACAUAAUGGCUCUUCAAAAAGAUUAGCCUUCAGACACUCACAUCAAAUGCAAUCAGUGCUGGAAUAUUGACACCGUGCAUUAUCUAACAAUGGAUGACCUUGUAUCUAAAAAUGUUUGUGCUAGAUGUAGGCAUCUAGCACAGUUGUAUGUAAAGAAAUAAGAGUUUUGUACAGCUGGAUAUGUUGUUCAUCUACCUAGUGGCAAUUUGUCAUACAUUGCUGGAGUAAAGAAGGUGAAACAGCCUUAUGGCAUAUUCUGUGCAGCUAUACUGUCCAAAAUAAACCUUAUUAUGACUUUUUUUCA